AUGGCCCCCAACUCCCACCCCCGACAGGUCUGGGCCGCCCCCUGCCUCGCCCGCGCCUCGGUCAGGGGCUGCUCGCCGCUCGGUGCCCACGCCACCUUGCUGUCCCUCAAUUCCGCAAACAUCUGUUGCGCGCCCACUAUGAGCCAGAUCCGCGCCAGCCUCCCCCCCCAACCCCCAUCUCUUCCCCCGCCACCCUCCCCUUCCCAGCCGGCCCGGCCUGUCGGCUUCGUGACAGCCGCCGCCGCCGAAGCCCAGGCCCCGCGGGAGCGGCCGGAGAGGAGCCGCCGCAUGGCUGGCUCCGACACCGGCCUCCCCGGCGGCUCCAGGGGCAACGGAGGGUGGAGGCCGCUGAAGCGAGACAGGAGUCGGGCCGCAGAGUUGGCAGAGCUGGGCGGGGGAGGGGGAGCCCAUGGGCGGGCUUCUCUCCGGGUCUCUAAGGCCUGUCUGUCUCCUCAUUCCUUUGCCCUUGGGUUGGGCCCGGGCCGGGACCCCGCCUGGCUGCGCGCGCUGGGGAAGCAGUUGGCUCCUGCGCCCCCUCCCCCAGUCCGGGUGAUUUACACGCCGGCUCCGCGCAGCGGCCGCUUCCCAAUCAGGAAUAUCGACCCCGGGCGGGGCCCCCGGGCCGCAUCGAUCCCUGACCAGGCGGCCCGCCGCCCGCCUGUCAGUCGAGUAAUGAAUGCGCGCUCCGGGCCCCGGGCCCCCCCGGAGUCGUUCAUCACUGCCACUAGAGUCCCCGCUUCCGCACUGGAAGCCCCCAGGCAGUCGUCCCCAAGUCCGCAUUCAGGAAUCGCCGGGAGCCACGUCCCGCCCUCUCCUCCAGGUGCCUCCGGCCUCCCGCAGUCCUCCAUUCUCCUGCAGGAGGCUCCCAUAGUGCAGGUCAGCUUGCCCUGCCCUAAGCGCCUAGGCUGCAGUCCCACCUCCGCCCUCCCCCGCCCCCGCCCCGAGCUCCCCCGCGGCCGGCUGAGUGACGGGCGGCCGGUGAUUAUGCGGAGGGGGAGCGGGGUGCGCCGCGGGCGGCAGCGCUGA